AUGGCGCAACAGGCCAACCCCGAUCGGGUCAGCGCUAAACCGCACCUGGAUAACGACGGAGGGGCGCUAUACCCAACAAGGGGGGUUGCCGAAAACGGCGGCGCUCUGCACCCUAUAAAUGGACGACCCUCUGCAAGCCAUGAUGUUUGCGACACUGUAUCCUCUGAUCCUCCUGUCUCGCAGCCCACCCCUGUUGAUACGCUAGAGCAGGAUCCCAACUCAAGCCGGAAGAAAAGGAGGAAGACAAAUAAAUAUAGCAAUAAGGAUCAGCUUGGUGGCCCAUUAACAAGCUUUGUGACGCCUAAAUGCUCUGGCAGAGACCAUGACUCAACCAUACGCUCGCCUGAUUCUGCUGCGAAUGAAAGUUUUCAAGCCGACUCUGGCAAUCAUGACGAACCUUCAAGUAAGGCCCAGACCAAUUCUAACGACGGACAUCAGUGCGAAGAAAAUCCAAAUACUUCUACGUCAGACGUAUUAAGUGACUUAGAGGUAGCAAAUGGCGUGACAACGAAGAAGUCGCCGAGGCAGAAAACUAUUAAAAUAAACCCCAAUGGAAAGCUCCUGGGUUCCCCAGUGAGAGAGCAAGUGAACGAAAAGCCCAAAAAGAAUAAAGGAAAUAAAUGUGCAAAACCUGGCACAGAGAAAGAUGGUGGUAGGAGUAAAUUGGCGAUCAUCAGAUACGCCAAAGAUGAUGAAGCCAGGCAACGCAUUGGGUUGUUAAUCGACGAGAUUAUCUGUGGUAAGAAAAAGCAUGGUGUGCCUAGCGGGAGCCCCAAUCCAGCACCUUCUGUGAAGAAAGAACUACCGGCGAAACCUACCCAUCCUUUCUUUUUGAAAAGAUCGAGCAAGGCAGAUACCCUGCCAGCUCAAACAUCAGGUGGAGAUGCUGAAACAACCGACUCCAAACCAAAAGAGCCCCAGGACUUGUCACGUCAAGCCAGCCAUCACUCAGUUUCAAGAUUGAGCUGGCCAAGUACAUACACGAAAUCGUUCAAUUCCAGGCAAAGACACCCCAAGGUUCUGGAACCUAUUCACCCAGUGUGGCCUCCGCAAGGCUUCACCCACGUGCGAAGCACUCUAACACCUCGAACAUGGACACCGUAUGCUUCUCUAAACAUGCAAAAGAAAAAGGCAAAGAUGCCUGCUAUCCGUAUACAUGACAAAGAAAAUGUGCUUUCUUCAGAUGUACAGGGUUAUUCUCACGAUCCCGUGCAGGUUUUACGGAUACCGAAAAGGCAUGUAGUCAGUGGAGCUGGACUUCAAAAGGCAGUGACCAAGCAGUUGUCUCAGUCCAGUUUGUCUGGUGCGGAUAAACGCUCUCUAAACGAUACUUGCCAUCCUGCCAUUCGAAAACUGCACUCCUCCCUUCAGUCUUCCAUGACGGCUUUCGACCUUGGGCAGUUUGAUAGCUUGCUCUGGAUACAGAAAUACUCUCCCAGCUCCUCGGACGAUGUUCUUCAAGCGACCAGAGAAGCUUCUAUGCUCCGAGAUUGGCUGAGAUUUCUCAUGGUGUCUGCUGUAGACACAGGAAAGCCCUCAAAAGAUACGGAUAAAGCUAGGCAAAGGUCAGAAGAUAAGAAGCGAAAGAAGCGCAAGAAUCCCGACAAGCUGGACGGGUUCAUUGUUUCGAGUGAUGAUGAAGCCUCUGAAAUGGACGAGAUCUCUGGCUCCGACGAUGAAUUAGCUUGCGAUGUGACUGUUUCGAGCAAGAAAACUAUGAUAAGAUCUGGCGACCUAGCUAUCAGUUGCUCCAAAUCUGGCACCAGUAAAGGCCACGUGUCGAAUGCGAUAUUGCUCAGUGGCCCUUCAGGGUGCGGGAAAACUGCAUCGGUAUAUGCGGCAGCAAAGGAACUCGACUUUGAAGUCUUCGAGAUAAACCCUGGCAACCGCCGUAGUGCUAGAGAUAUUGUCGAACGUGUUGGGGACAUGACCCGGAACCAUCUUGUGCACAACGUGAAUAAGGGCGAGCAACGAUUCAGUCAACAAUUUGCCGAUGCCCAAUGUCGGGACCCUUGGUCGGAGGAUGUCAAGCAAAACAAACUGACAGGCUUCAUGAAAUCGAUGUCAACAAAAGAAAAGAAAGAAAACGGAAAGCCUCCCAAAAGAAAUGCUGAAAGAGAACCAGACCCGAAGCGCGCCCGCCAUCAGAAGCAGUCGUUGAUCCUGCUAGAGGAAGCAGACAUCCUUUUUGAGGAGGAUAGGCAAUUUUGGUCUGGUGCCCUCACAUUGAUUCAACAAUCAAAACGUCCAAUUAUCAUAACCUGUAAUGACGAGAGUCUCAUUCCCCUCGAUGAUAUCUCUCUCCAUGCCAUUCUCCGAUACCGGGCUCCCCCACAACAUCUGGCAGUUGACUACCUUCUUCUUCUGGCGGCUAAUGAGGGCCACAUGCUAAAACGCGACGCUGUAGAAAGCCUCUACAUCGGCGCAGGGAAGGAUAUUCGUCGGUCAAUUAUGGAGCUGAAUUUCUGGUGUCAGAUGGCAGUCGGUAGUGAGAAAUCUGGUCUUGACUGGAUGAUUGACAGAUGGCCUCCGGGUUCUGAUCUCGACCGGGACGGAGAUCCGCUCAGAGUAAUCAGCCUGAAUACAUACGAAAGAUUUAUGGGCUGGUUCAGUCGUGACAUGUUAAUGAGCAACAACUUAGACCGUGAGGUGGAGCCUCAGCGGGAGUCCCUUGGUUGGUGGCAACUCAGUCUUCAGGAUUCUGAGUGGCUAGAGGACUUGAGUAGAUCUUCAUCGCAUGCGUCAGCCCAUACAUCUAAUUCGGAGCGACUUGACCAAAUACGGCAUCAAGAUGACCUUUAUGAAAUGAGAAGUGUUCUAGAUAUCCUGGGGUCCAAUUGCUUACCUGACCCCCGCAGAGACCCCGUUAAUACUUUCAUUCCGGUACUCUCGGAGAAGCAAAGAGCAAACUAUGUUGAAGGCUAUCCACUGUUGAGCACUGAACUCAUCCCCGACUACUCUUCCCUUCCAGAAACCAUAGGAAGCACAUACAGAGUGCUUCUGGCCAGUAUUUCUCGACCCCAAAAUCGUGUAGAUGUCGAGGUCUCGUAUGCUACCAAAGUAGCAGCGAAUAUCACCAGACCAAAGGCGGCUAGGCCAAUGCCAGCCGAUUUCACCAGAGCUUUUGAGCCAAUCAUGCGACCUAAUUAUGUCUUUCCCCUCCCUGGGGGCCGAUUGGCCCCAUCGUUUGAAAACGGUCUUGGUCCUAUCACCGAAGAUCUAGGACCGUAUAUCCGAGCCAUUGUGGCAUUUGAUCUCCGUCUCGAGCAACACCGGCUGAAGCUGAGUGGAUUACUCUCUCAGCAGGGACAAGUGGCAAAGCGAGUACGAAAGACGAGAGCGAGUCGGGCAGCAUUGGAGGGAGGCAGCAAAGCUCAGACGCGAAAGGAGCGAUGGUUUCCUGAAGGGACCAAUCCGACUCCGAUUCUCGCUACCGUCGAGGAAUCCAAGUCCUGUGCCCCUUCGUUGGAUGGGAAGGGUUUGAUUGUUGUUGCCGUUGCUAUCGCUGUCCUGAUUGAUCCGUCCCCGUCCAUCACCCUCGAUUAUCUCUCCAACGAACUGUUGGGUCAUCCUCUCCCUUCUAACACCCCCAUCGAAAUUGCAUCCUCAAUGUCGCUGUUCGGCACAUCUCCAGAGGAUUCCCCAAGGUCUAGCUCCGCGCAGAGGUCCAAGUCCUCCCUUUUCGCGGAUGAACCCUCGGGAGGUAAUCCCGCGCUAGGCUCGUCCUCCCUCUUCGCUGACGACGACGGUCUGAGCACCAGCUCACCGUGGAAUAGCGGCACCAACAAACGAGCUGCUAGGCAUGAGCUCGUGCAAACCUUGUUGCCGGAUUCGGAUGUCCCCGAGAGUUACAUCAAUGCCUACGACCUGGUCCUAAGCAGUGGAGAUCGCGUUGGAGGCGGAGUGGGCUUGACCUCCAUUCGGGAAAUUCUAUCAGGCAGUGGAAUUAGCGCCAAUGAUCAGGCGAAGAUACUCAACCUUGUUGUUCUGGGGGACGGAGAUGACGCGAGUGGACUCGGUCGUGGCGAGUUCAAUGUCCUCUUAGCGCUCGUGGGGCUGGCGCAGGAGGGUGAGGAUUUGACACUUGACGCGGUGGAUGAUCGGCGAAAGAAACCACCGAUACCAAAGAGUUCAUACCUCGAUACCCUACGCACAAAAGAACAAUCCACUACCCCAGCUCAAGCAAAUGAACGUCCGACUACACCCCCUACCCAAACAACUUCAGUCCAAGUGCCGAACUCCGUCAACUCUCACAGAUCGAGACAGGAAUUAUCAGGUGGCUUAGAGUCUGAUCCGUGGGGCAGCCCCCAACUUCAUCGUGGUCACGCUCAUGCACAGACUGAAUCCGACCAUCCUGUGUUGAACGGAUAUGGAAGCGUGCGGUCAGCGACGAGUGCCUGGGCGAGCCGCACUGGCGAUGAAGGUAAUCGCACUGAAGGGACAACUGGCCAUCGCACAAAUGGCCAAACGGAUACGGAACCUGCUGCUACUAGCGGCUCGGGACAUGGAUGGGGGGAAGGCUUUGGCGGUUCAUCUGAUGCGGGUGGACUUGGGGGGCCUGUCCAAUCUGGGAUUAUUGGCUUAGGCCCUUCGAACAAUGGCAGUGAGGAGCCUGGUUCCCGCCGCCGGUCUCUGGGGGUUGGCCGUGUUGCGAGUCCACAUUUGGAGGAGCUGAUAACUAUCACACUACUACCAGAGAAGGAGGGAAUGUUUAUGUUCCAGCAUCGCAACUACGAAAUAAAAUCCGCUCGGAGAGGCAGCACCGUCGUUCGACGUUACAGUGACUUUGUUUGGCUACUAGACUGUCUUCACAAGCGAUAUCCGUUCCGACAAUUACCACUACUUCCACCGAAGAGACUAGCAGUCAAUGGCACUCACCUUGCAGCGGAUUCUACUUCAUUUCUCGAGAAACGUCGCCGAGGGCUCGUUCGAUUCACCAACGCCCUUGUACGUCAUCCGGUUCUUAGCCAGGAGCAACUUGUAAUUAUGUUCUUGACGGUGCCUACCGAACUUUCCGUGUGGCGGAAACAAGCUACGAUCUCAGUUCAGGAUGAAUUUGCCGGCAAAGUCCUUCCUCCCGACUUGGAGGACUCGCUGCCGGCCAGCUUGACGGAUACUUUUGAGACUGUUCGGAGAGGUGUCAAGCGGUCCGCAGAGAUCUACAUUAAUCUCUGCACCCUGCUUGAGCGGUUGGCCAAGCGCAACGAAGGGCUUGCUGCGGAUCAUCUACGGUUCUCCCUCGCCCUUCAAUCACUCACCGAAGUGACUCGAGAUACCUAUGCAAUCGACACUGACGAUGUCCCUCUCCUCAACGAAGGCAUCAAGGCCACCGCCAAUCAUCUCUCUGCCAGUCAAAGCUUGCUGGAAGACGAGGCGCGUGCCUGGGGGAGUGGUAUGUUGGAGGAUCUAAAGCGCCAACGGGACUGUCUUGUUAGUGUACGCGAAAUGUUCGAUCGUCGGGAUCGAUAUGCGCGCAGUAAUAUUCCUCAACUGGAACGACGGAUCGAGAACAACGAGAGGAAGCUCCAGGACUUGAGGGCCCGACCGCAGGGCACUGUCAAGCCUGGGGAGAUUGAGAAGGUUGAAGAGUCAAUUUUCAAGGAUAAGGAAUCGAUUGUACAGCAACACGCACGUGGAGUGUUUAUUAGAGAGUGUCUCCGGGAUGAACUAACGUAUUUCCAACAAAGCCAAUAUCACAUCAGCCGAUUGCACCAGGACUGGAGCCAGGAGCGGGUGAAGUAUGCGGAACUGCAGGCGGACAAUUGGCGGUCAUUGAGUGACCAAGUGGAGGUCGCCCUCGAGCAAUUCAAGAAACUCCAGCUCGACCCCAAGCAUCCAAAACUCUCGCCUGGUCAGAAGCAAAACCUUCUACAGAAUAUUAACAUCUUUCGGGAUGCAAUCGUGGCAUUUACAGCGACCGGGUCCGCUCGUGGAUUAGCCGGCCAUACCGGUGGUCCUUUCGACACCGCUCCGGAAGUCUGUAUCCUGCUUGCAGUCGCCACUCAAUAUCUGCUUGCUGCGUUGGACGGAAAGAUCGACCCCGAUCAUCUUCUUAACUACCGCGAUGCUGAUUCUAAGCUACCCGGACAUCCCGAGCUGGGUCUUACGCCAGGCGUGAAGUUCAGCUCCGGUCGACUCGGCCACAUGUGGGCGAUGGUGAACGGGAUAGCCAUGGCCAGCAAGGGCAAAACCGUGUUCCUUUUGGGUUCGGAUGGAUCUCAACAAGAAGGAAACGACGCCGAGGCGGCUCGUAUUGCCGUCGCCAAUCGUCUGAACGUCAAGUUAUUCAUCGAUAACAACGACGUCACAAUUGCCGGUCAUCCUUCGCAGUACCUCAAGGGCUACGACAUUGCACGCACGCUCCAGGGUCAUGGACUGAAGGUCGUGCGUGCCAAGGGAGAGGAUAUUGAUUCGCUGUUCGGUGCGAUGUGCGAGGUCGUUUCCAGUACUGGCCCUGCGGCUGUCGUGGUGGAUCGGAAAAUGGCGCCUGGGAUUGAAGGUAUCGAGGGGGAGAUUCACGCCCACGAUGUCGUUCCUGUUGACAUCGCGCGCAAAUACCUCACAAAACGCGGGUACAGCCCGGAACAGCUCGCUAUCUACGACGACCUCAAAGCUCAGUCGAACCCACAUCAGUACAUAGGCUCGUCGAAAGACAAAGGUUCCAACCGGGUCAUUUUCGGCGAGGCCGUGAACUCCGUCCUCGACGGUCUGAGCAAAGAGGAUGCCAUACGUCGGGUUAUGGUCAUUGACUCCGACCUGGAGGGAUCUACGGGGUUGAAAGCGAUUCACAAAGACCACCCGGAGGUAUUUGUUUCUUCCGGCGUCAUGGAAAGAAGUAACUUCUCUGCUGCCGCCGGGUUCGGAUUCGGCAGUAACGGCGAGCGUCAGGGCGUGUUCUCGACCUUCUCUGCUUUUCUGGAAAUGUGUAUCUCCGAGAUCACCAUGGCUCGACUGAACGGGUGCACCGUUCUCUCGCAUUUUUCGCACAGCGGAGUCGACGAGAUUGCAGACAACACGUGCCAUUUUGGACUGAAUCACUUUUUCGCGGACAAUGGGCUCAUGGACGCCGCGAGUACGGCUCUGUACUUCCCUGCCGAUGGUGAACAGAUGAAGGCUGUCGUUCGGAAGAUAUUCUUCCACAAGGGCCUGCGAUUUGUUUUCUCCACUCGUUCCAAGGUACCGUAUAUCCUGAAGGAAUCCAGCGACGAGAAGCUCUACGACGAAAACUACGAAUUCGUCCCGGGAAAGGAGGAAUUCAUCCGUCGUGGCACAGCUGGGUAUAUUGUUUCCUACGGGGACAUGCUCUACCGCUCGCUUGAUGCUGUCGAACGUCUUCAACAAGAGGGCCUCGAUGUUGGUCUUAUCAAUAAACCGACGCUGAAUAUUGUCGACGAGGACGCCAUCAGGGUUUACGGUAAAACACCGUUUGUCGUCGUUAUAGAAUCCAUUGCUCAGAAGACUGGUCUUGGCUCGCGUCUCGGUAGUCAGCUCCUCGAGCGUAAGCUUACUCCUAAAUACCGCACUAUGGGUGCCGUCAAGGAGGGCUGUGGUGGUUUGUAUCAGCAGGUUAAUUCCCAGGGGUUGGCGCCGAAUGACAUUGUUCGAGUGGUGAGAGAGAUGGCUGGGAAAUGA